CAUUUUAUCUGACUGCUUGGCUACCAAAUGACAACAAAAUGGAGGAAAAUUCAUGCAAGGACUUCGAAAAACUUGCCAAUAUAACAGAAUAUAGCAGAAUUGUGAUGUUGAUCGCCUCUAAGUGUCACUAACAAUAAAAUUUACUAAGAUGGAUGAAAGGCACUGGUGGUUUGCUACCAAACUGCAGGAAACAUUUCACAUUGGAGCGUUGGACAAUCCAACGAUGCUGGAAGAUUUUAUGGCCGAACAGACGACUUUGGAUUACAUCAAUGACUUUUUAGCUCCUGAAGGUCACACAAAGCUAUUUUUCUACUCUCCAAAACCUGAUCCAAAUAGCCUCCAGACAAGGAAAAUGUGUGUGACUAGCACUUGCGCAAAGCUCAAAGAAGUGAUGGACGAAGAAGCAAUUUGUUUGUAUUUUAUUCGUUCAAACGUAAACCGGGUGAUCGAUCCAACUCAAGUAGAAAAGGAGGUUUAUUGCGGAGAAAUAAAAGAAAAUCCUCUUGUUCACUUUAGCGCUUUGCUUUCCGAGGCUUUCGGGCCUGUACUUCAUGCUCAAAAAGAUUGGGGCCAAUGCACAGACGAGGAACAUCAACAUUUUCUAAACCAAAUUGAUAAAUACACCAACACUUUGAGCGAAUAUGCAAACGCUACAGUUGCACCACAACAGAUCUUGAAGAAACCCGAAUCACAAGUUACUACGGAUUUCAAACAGAACCGGGCUGCGGCAGUCAACCCUGUUAUUUUACAGGAAUAUGAGAAUUUAGUGUUAGACUGGAUUACCACUAUUGAGAAUAUCCUCACAGAUGGGUUGGAAGAUAGGUCGGAUGGUCAUGCAGGACCCCUGAGUGAGCUCGACAGAUGGAAGAGACGGCAGAAGGUCCUUACAAGUGUGACAGACCAACUGAAGGGGAAAGAAUGCAAAGCUGUAAUAGCUGUUCUGAUAACAGCCAAGUCAAAAGUGUUAAAGAGAUGGAAGUCUAUGGACGCAAGUAUAACAGAUGCCCUCAAUGAGACUAAAGAUAAAGUUCGCUACCUGGAAUCCUUGCGAAAAUACUUUGACCAGCUGUACAGUGGUGCUCCUGUUGGUACCAUUUGUAGUAACACUCUUCCUGGUCUAAUGGCUACUGUGCGCCAGAUGGAUGCAGUGUCCAGAUUUUAUGCCAGGAACGGCUACUUGGGCCUGUUGUUCUCAAAGAUUACCAAUCAGCUUGUGACAGCUUGCAAGAACUACCUCAGAGCCACUACUAUGACAUGUGAAGAAGACAAGCUGUGGACUCGCGUCCAGGAAGAAACAGAAGCCUGUGCAUCUGGCCAUACCAUCCAGGCAAAACCAAAAGCCAAAAAGAAAGGGCACAAGGAACACAUAACACCUCAGGAUGAAAGAUUUCUUACAAGACUUAAUGUGUGUCUGACUCUGCAGAAGCAGUAUCGGGACAUGCUACGGAGUCUUCGUGAUAGUCUUGGGGGUUCUCAUUCUUUGUCAAUUACACCUAGUGGUGUUGGACCUGGCAAGAAACAGCCAAUAGGAGGAAGCAAUAGCAAUGUGAUGACACCUUCAAACACCUAUCCUGUCCACACGAGGCUUCUCAUCUCACAAAAUUCCCGUCUUAAAGGAGAUCAUGAGAGUGUCACCAGUCAGGGAAGCAGCGGAAUUGCCUUUGCUGAUGAAGAAUCAAUUAUUGGUUUCCUUGAUGUCUUCUGUGUCCAUGUACGUAACAUGCUUGACAUCAUCCAGACACUUGGACAACUAUCGCGGCUUGCAAGCGACGUCAAGAACCUGAUGAGGAUUCCUACAGAAGUAGUGAUGUAUGGCCCACCUGAGAAUGAAAAUGAGCAACCUGUCCCUUUCCGUGACCAGCAGUUAGGUGUGUCCGAUGUAAAGGUGUCACGUCAUCCCAGUUCUGUCGCCAGUGGAUCAGAAAAGAGUUAUCCUCAAGAAGAUUCUACGAGUAGUGGCAGAGCUAAUGGAAUUGGUCAAAUCCUGGAUGAAAUUGACGAAGAGGAGAAAGUAAAAGAGAUCUACAGUGUGGUUGUGACACCAAGCAUCUCAAGCAUUCUUUACGACAACAUCUACGCCAUGCGGUCACCCCUGGAGACUACCAUAAGUACUGCUGUGUUCCUUGAUGUAGAGGGACAGGGGUGCCAACUAUUUGAGAAUGGGUACACUGGCUUUGUGUCAUCUGUGCUCAAGAUUGAGAACUACAUCUGCAAUUAUCUCAAGGUGUUAUUCAGGAAGUGCAAGUUUGGACCUGGAACCAAACAUUUCCAAACAACUGGCGUGUUUACUCUGAAGUUGAACAUCAGAAAAGCGCUUGGCAUCCUUACAAGCUUUAACUGCGUUAUGACUCGGCCUGGCCUGAGAGCUGUUUUCUCGGAAAAGUUCUUGGAAGUGUUUUCUUGGUUCGAGAAUGAGUUGGAAGAUGUGCAGAAAGUCUAUGAAGCCGAAAAGGAAAGCCCUCCACUUGUUCGCAAUGCACCCAUCGUCUCUGGAGCAAUCACAUGGUCAAGGAACUUACUGCGAAGAAUCGAGGAGCCCAUGAGGGUAUUCAAAGAGAACAAGUUCACCUCAAGCUAUCGGGAUUUCAAUCGGAUCGUCAAGUUCUACAACAGGAUUGCAACUGCUUUGGUAAAGUUUGAGAACCUGUGGCUGAGCUUAUGGAAAUCUCGUGUGGACAGCGCAUGCUCAGGUCUCAAGGCAACACUGCUGACCAGACAUCCAAACACAAAACAGAUGGUGGUCAACGCUGAUGGCAGGAUCUUUGAGCUCAUUCACGAGUGCAGGUGUUUGAACAGACUCGGCGUGGAGCUGCCUGAAAAUGCCGUGGAGAUCCUCAAACAGGAAAAGCGGCUGAAACAGUACAAGCAGUCCCUGGAGCUUAUUCUCCAGGAUUAUUUCAGCGUGUGCACCAAGGUCCCUGCACCCUUGACACGCCUACUGACCCCCCAUAUGGAGUCCGUUCAACAUUACCUUCAGCCCGGCCUAUCCACCUUGAAUUGGAAUAGCAUGAACAUUGACGCAUAUGUACACCAGGUACACACAGCCACGAAUCGCCUUCGCGAGAUCGUAAAUAACAUCGAAGAUGUGAUCAAGGAAGGUGUGGAGGAGAAGAUCGAGGAGAUCAGGCGCAUUCUGCUGUUUGAUCCCAAGCUUGCUUACUCCAAGGUUUGGCAGGUUGAAGAUUUCGUGGAGGCCGAGGGUAAAGCAAUCAAGGCACUGGGAAGAGUUUUAUACGACUUAGUCAAAGAUGUGGAAAAUGCACUUCAGGAAGUCAUAGCCAUCGCCCACCAGCGCCGUAUCACUUCCCCUGGCAGUCCCCUUCUGACCCCUACCCCCUCAGCCAGCUACGGGAUCGACCAGAUGGGUCACACCACGCCCCGUCAGACUCGCAUCGGAACCAUUAUGUCAUCGGCACCCCCGACGCGCGUCACCACUGCUGUCAGUGGACUCACCGAGGAAUCAGUGAUCGGGGAUAUUUUUGGUCACUAUUGCAGCUUGGUUUUUGACGCGGUGCUGGCUUCAAUUGUGUCGUCGCUAAGGCUUGUGGGGGAUUGUGUUAAGCCGCUGGGCAGGGCAGUUAGUGGUAUCCAGUACAUGGGCUCAAGGAGUGACUGGGAUGAUUCCGACAACGAGUCUGAGAUGAGUGACUUCUCCGGGUCGGUUAAGAGUUCGUGGUCAGUCACAAACCAGGAUGAGCUGCUCAAAUUCGAGGUUGACGUUCGUUUUAACAUCCCUGACAUCGUGAUAGAGCCGUCGCUAUCCAUGAUCCAAGAUGGCGUCAAUAAGGUCGCCCUGGGCGUGGUCAACGUGUCCCGCGGGAUCAUGUGGUGGGCUGCUGACGUCAACGAGUCAUUCCACGGGAUGGUGUCACGUGAUAACAAGGUUCAGGCUCAGCUGCAAGAUCUGUCCAGUUCAAUCACGAGCCUUCAAUCUACGGUUGAUCAUCAACUGCUCAAGUUUCGCCGCUACGACUUCCUGUGGAAAGACGACAUGCAUGCAUUGUACCACUCCUUCGUUGAAAGCGACCCCGGCACUGCCAGGUUUAAGGAGGAGAUCGAGAAGUUGCAGGCGAUCGAGGAAGACGUGCUUGGUAUCCCUGAGCGUUUGGGGAUCGGUUCCGCCUGCCUCAACACCUCGCCCAUCAAGGACUCACUGCACGGACUCUCAGUCGCAUGGAAGAUGCGAUAUUCCACGCAGCUCCACGAGGAAGCUAAGAUUGAACUUGACAAGAUCGUGACCCACCGUAACGCAAUCUACAGCCGUUUGUCUCAGCCAGUAGUAACGCUAGAUGAGCUUCACAGCGCGUUUGAGCUUCUCCAGGAACUUGGAGACAUGGAAAACACGAUAGAUGACGUUUACCUGCCAGUGGAGAACAUAUACACCAAGCUCAGGGAAUACAAGCUAAAUCUCCCACGUAAAGAGGUGGAAGAGGUCGACAGUCUUCGAGAUGAGUGGGUCAAGCUCAUGGAACUUGCUGAAAAGGUUCGAGAGGAACUCCUAGUAAAGAAGCGUGGCAUGUUUGAACAAGAGCUUGAUAAAGAAGUCAAGGCUUUUGUGGUGAACGUAAUUCAGUUUCGUAACAGCUUCGACUCGCAAGGACCUGGUGUCCCUGGGGUGCGACCGGCAGAGGCUGUCGCCCGGCUUCACGCUUUUCAGCAGCAGUACACCCAGUACGAGUCGCAUCGAAAGACUCUAGAUGCCGUACAACAGCUGUUUGGCAUCGUACCUACACCAUUCCCUGAGCUGGACAAGACCGGAGAGGAACUCCAACUUCUUGGGCACCUUUAUGGCCUGUUCCAACAGUUCAUAUCAUUCGAUCAGAGAUUUCGAGAAACUCUUUGGUCUGAAGUAGACUUGGCUGUUGAAAAUCAAGAGAUGGAGCAUUACUGGCAGGAGUGUCUACGGCUGCCACAGCGCAUCCAGGGCUGGGAGGCGUACAAGGAGAUGCGAGACGCCAUUAAGGAAUACCUGGAUGUAUUCCCCAUUCUACACAAACUCAACUCGAAGGAAAUCCGUAACCGCCAUUGGCUCCAGGUGAUGAGCGUGACAGGCUCGUCCUUUCAACUCGAGGCACACAUCUUUAAACUUGUACAUCUCCUUGACAUUGGUCUCCUGGAGCACCAGAAGAAGAUUCGAGACAUCUGCCGCUCAGCAAGCCGUGAGCUGGAGCUGGAACUGAAGAUGAGGAGUAUCGAGGAGGAGUGGACCGAGCAGGUCUUAACGUUUGAGAACUUCAAGAACCGUGGUCUGGUGUGCUUAAGUCACGGUAACACCGAGCACCUCCUGGAUCUGCUUGAAGACGCUCAGGCCACCCUAGCAGUGAUGCUCACAUCCAGGCACAUAGGACCUCUCAGAGACGAGGCGGCGGCGUGGGCCUUAAAGCUCAAGGAGAUAUGCGAAGUGCUGGAGCAGUGGCUAACUGUGCAAGACUUGUGGAAGCAUCUAGAAGAGGUCUUCAGUCACGGAGCCACAGCGAAGGAGCUACCUCAAGAGUAUAACCGCUUUGCACGUGUUGACAAGAGUUACAUGAAGAUGAUGAAGAGAGCGUAUGAGACCAAGAACGUUCUGCAGUGCUGUGUAGGAGGCGACGUACCCAAGAGCCAAAUGUUGAAGCACUUAUUUGAGGAGCUGGAGAUUUGCUUCAAGUCGCUCAUGGGAUUCCUGGAUUCCAAGAGAAAGGUCUUCCCGCGCUUCUGUUUCGUGACGGAUGCUGUUCUGCUUGGAAUGCUUAGCAAGCCUCAUAACCUCGAAUCCGUGAAACCCUAUAUCAGGUGUAUCUUCUCCAGCGUCCGCGAUGUCACCUUGAUCCAGCAAGAGCCAGAGACACCAGCAAACAAGAGUGCCUUCAUGGUGUCUGCCACUCACUGGAGGCAGAAGGUUAGAGACGGAGACGGCUUGUCUGUUUCUGGCUCUCCCAAAGAGGACGUCCACAGUGCAAGGUUCAGGAAAGGAUCGGAAAUGCCGCCCAUGUCUGCAAAGGAGUCUGAGUCUGCCAUGCGGCGGUCAAGCGUCCUCCAAUCCAGCACAGCCGACAUACGCUCAGGGGAUGGGGACUGGAGAAGUACGAUCCCACAGAACAUUGCGACCGCGGUCAGUUCUGAACUUGGCGAAACGGUGCAGCUUAGAACUCAGGUUCCCCUGAACUCCAGUGUAGAUCAGUGGCUGGCUGCACUUCUGAAAAGCAUCAAAGAAUCGUUGCAUGCGGACAUAGUUCAGUGCAUCAGUGACAUCGACUCUAAUCAAUCUGUGGAGGAGUGGGCAGGAAAGUAUCCCGCACAAGUCUGCAGACUUGGCCUUCUCUACGUCUGGACCAAGGAGUGUGAAGCGGGCAUAACAGACAUCCGUAUUGACCGUAAAGCCAUCCCGAAUGCCGUGAAGCGAUUCUGGUCUGGACUUAGUCGCUUGCCGAAUCUCUUAGCACGUUGCUCUUGGAAACACAGCGAUGGACCCAUGCCAGCCUACCACCGCGUCCGAAUUGAGGCUUUGCUCUCGUCUGGGAUGUACCUUAGGGACACCCUUGAUGACCUGGGUCGCCGAAAACUGCGAGACGUCGUUGACUUUGAGUGGAAGCGGAACAUUCGUUUCUAUGGUAGCACCGUCAAGGCGAUCGACCCUUCGCCUGAGGUGCAGGUAGAGGAUAAUGGUGCUGAAGGCACGGUGGCGGUGGAACCCUUUCUCAUCCACAUGCUUGAUGCCCAGCUGCCGUACGGGUGCGAGUUUUAUGGGGACGAGAGCGGUCUAGCGCUAACACCCAUCACUGAGAGAUGCUUUUUGUCACUUACACAGGCCAUCUGGGGAUUCUCCGGAGGGGCCCUGCAGGGUCCGACAGGAACAGGGAAGACAGAGACCGUCAAAGGCCUGGCAUAUCUCCUUGGGCGUUACCUUCUAACCCUGAGCUGCUCAUCUAGAAUGGGUGCGUUGGGCGUGGGCAAGAUCAUCAUCGGACUAGCAGAGGAGGGCUGUUGGGGUCUACUAGACGAGUUUCAUCAGGUGAACAACGAUGUCCUGUCUGUCCUGCUGUCCGAGAUACAGUCCGUCUUACUCGCCGUGAGGGCGGGGCAGAACAUGUGCACCCUUGACGAGGGCAAGGAGAUCUCAGUCCAUCAAAACUUCUCCGUAUUUCUGACCUUCUGUACCACCCGUCAUAACUACGAGCUCCCACCGGAAGUCCAUGCGCUUUUCCGGUCUGUUUCCAUGGUGAUGCCGGAUGUGGCGCUGAUAUUGCGGGCUCAGUGUGCCGGGCAGGGGUUCAAAUCCCCUAGGAUGCUUGCUGAUCGACUCAAACUAGUCACUGAGAUCUGCUCCAAACAGCUGGGUGCAAGUGUGCAACACAACUUUAGCCUCACGUCGCUACUUGGUGUCAUCCAGUAUGCAGGGAAGAGGCGAGCGGCGCAAGGCCCCAUGGGAGGCAAACUGAACACCACUCAGGCAGACUUUGGCAGACCGUCGAGCUCACAGUCUGUGGCUCCAGUUGGUGUCAGAGCAAUGCGUAAUACCAAAGUGAUGGCAGCAAUAAUCGGAACUCUAGGAUCAAGAGACCGCGGCUCUUAUUUUGGUCAGCAGAAGGAUAAGAAACCAAGCACGCCGUCCGCUUUAUCUCCAGCGGCAAAACUCGAGCAUGCGUACAUGCUUCAAUCACUCCUGGACUGCAUCGGACCGAGGCUCAAUCCUGACGAGCUAAACAUCUUUUUCACUAUUCUUCGUGACGUCUUUUACGGCCUUCCCAAGACGCCUCAGCCGCCCUAUCACGUGACCAAGGAACAGCAGGAUUUCGAGAAUUCAUUGCUGCAGUACACCAGGGAGAGGGGACUGGUGGCGCACCAACCCUGGAUCAUCAAGAUCAACCAGCUGAGAAACUUAUCCAAGCAACAUCAUGGCAUCAUCGUCGCGGGUCCUCCAGGUACUGGCAAGUCUUCAUGUAUCUCGGCCCUGAUAGAGACUCUGACGGAAUGCUCUGCUACCAAGCACAAGAACACUGGCUCUCCCAUGCACACCCACAAACUGCAAAAGGUCUACCCCCUUGGCGUGUCUGAUCCCGCCCUUAUGUUCGGUCGCAUUAACACAUCCGGGGAUUUCGAGGACGGAAUUUUCACCGCGUAUUGGCGUAAGGCGAACAAGGAGCACAGCGUGCAUCAGAUGACCACGUGGAUCUGCCUGGACGCCCCGCUGCAUCAUGGGUGGGCCGAGAUGCUAAGCAGUGUUCUGGACAACGGAGGGUACCUGAGCCUUCUGAACAGCGAGCGCAUGUAUCUGUCAGAGGAUGUAAAGCUGUUGUUUGAAACAGAUGACCUCGCCAACGCUUCUCCAGCAACAGUAUCACGAUCGGCCAUCGUCUAUAUGGAUGAGAGCGUCCUUGGCUGGCGUCCCCUGGCAGAAGCCUGGCUGGCAAACAGGUCCCCGCAAGAGGUCCACUGCCUUCAAAGAGCAUUCAACAAAACCGUCGACGCAAUAUCGCAGUUUGUCCAGUUUGAAGCAAGGCCUCAUCUAAAGAUCUGCGAAGUAGGACUUUUCAGCACGUGUCUUGCGAUGGUUAAAGCGUUGAUUGAGGGUAACACAGAUAUCGGUGGAGAACUUCACAUCGAGCGGCUUUACCUCUUCUCUCUCAUCUGGUCUUUUGGAAGCCUCCUAGAUGAUCACGACCGCAAAAAGUUCAGCGAGAUUCUGCUCUCAUUAACCACUGCCUUGCCUGACUACGAUCAGGAAAUCUCCGUGUUUGAUUAUUACGUGGAUGAGUCAGGCGAGUGGGACCCCUGGCAGUCCAAGGUUCCAGACGUGAGUUACUUCGACGCCGCUGAUCUGCUUGGCGAGGUGUUUGUAGAGACGGUGGACACUGUACGUACCCGGAUGUUCAUGGACCUUGCAAGUACUUCCGGUCGUAACAUAUUACUUACUGGACCUCGGGGCUGUGGAAAGACAUCCCUUAUCAACGAUUUCUUGGACAAGCAAGAGGACAAGAACCAGAUUGUCAAGCGAUAUGUGUUCUCUGGUACGUCUAAGGCAGUGUCGCUUCAACAGUUUAUUGAGAAUAACAUCUACCACAGACAAGGGUUUGUUUUUGGUGCGAAGAAGGGCAAGGCCUUAAACAUGUUCAUUGAUGACUUGAGCAUCCCACAGCCAGAUGAUCAUGGUGUGCAAGAAGUAAAUGAGCUGCUACGGCAAGUCCUUGAUCAACAAGUCUUCUUUAACACCAAGAAGCCAUUUGACCGCCGCGUGCUGGAGGGCGUGAGUGUGACGUCAGCAGUGAGCCUACACAACGAGCAGAGUACAAGCGGUCAACCACAAAGAAUACCAGAGAGACUCAAGCGGCACUUCGCCAUGUUCUACCUGCCUGCACCAAUAGGAGAGUCGCUCUUUACUGUCGUUAACUCUGUGCUUGAGGCAAACAUGGCACAGAACCAAGGCAUGGGUCUACCACAGGACUUCCACGACCAGAUUGUGACGGCCUCCUGUCAGCUCCUGACAAGUGUACAGAACGUGCUGCGUCCCUCACCCACCCCCGGACGGUGCCACUACCAGUUCAACCUCCGGGACCUCACUAGGGUUUUCCAGGGUCUUAAGAACUGCUCGGAAGAAAUGCGAGCGGAUGACGAGUACGUGGUGUCACUAUGGCAACACGAGGUGAUGCGAGUGAUGAAGGACAGAGUGUGUCGUGCUUCAGACGUCAAGUGGUUUGAGAAAAAUCUCAAAAACAUCGUCAAAGAGAACUUCCCCACUCUACCUGCUAACAGCCCGCCUCCUGUUUUUAUCACGUUUCCUCUUGACCCCGGCUCGUACUCUGGACGUACUACCACACAGGCGAGGACGGCGGCACCUAAGUCAACCCUUCAGAGCAUUGAGAACGUGAAGGAGGUUGCGCCGUGCCUUCAAAACUACCUGAGGCGGUACAACGACGAGUUUACCGAGGGACUGGGACUGAUGGUAUCUACCCACGUGAUGUACCAUGUGAUUCGACUUCAUAGGAUCCUCAGCUUCAAAAACAGGGGCAACGCCCUUCUCGUAGGAGCAAUCGGCACUCACUUGCAUUCCCUGGCACAUCUUGCCAUGUACAUGCUGGAGUAUCCCAUCCACCCAGUCGACUGCUCCUACCCAAACACUUUCCUGGACGGGCUGCGGUCUGCCGUCAGGCAGGCAGGAUGUGACGGCAAGACUACCACUGUUGUUCUAACGGCGGAAGAUCUCAAGCAAGACAUGUACCUAGACGCCCUGAACAGCCUUCUCAUCAGCGGAGAGUACCCGCCCUUGUUCUCAGAAGACGAGCUUGAUAGUUUGCUUCAGGCGUUAAUGCCAGCAAUCAAGCGCAAAUUCUCGAGCUUCCUUGCCGACCCCAUGAAGUUCUUUAUCACGCGCGUCAAGGCCAAUCUGCACAUCGUCUUGUGUUUGCCCCCCACACAUCGCCUGCUGCGGGUAGGGUCCAGCCAUUACCCGGGCAUUCUUUACGGAUGCCAGACGAACUGGGUCAAGGAUUGGCCUAUCUAUGCACUCGAGGGCGAGGCCACCCACUACCUGGCCAAGUACGACGUUUGUCAAGGGAUCGAGGAUCAAAUAAGGGAAAAGGUCGUAGCGUCAGUCUCCACCAUUCACGGCCACGUGUUGCGAGAAUGCCACCAAAUGCCUUGGGGAGGAAACUACAAGUCCCUCAGGCCCGCUAGCGUCGCCUCUCCUCCCUCAGACGAGGACAACGACCUCCUCCUGUCCAAGAAUAUUCUCCUGGAAAGAAUAACACUCAAGCAUCAGUCCUCCGGAGGGAGCGCACUGGGCAAUGUGUUUGUCGGACCAACUACGUACAUCCAGUUCAUGCAUUGCUUCAGACACAUAUUUAGGGACAAGAGACGCGAACAUAAGGAGCGUGUUCACAAGCUCAGUCUAGCUCUUGCCACGCUGGACCAGACUCGUAAAGACGCCAUUAUCAUCAAGGAUGUGAUCUCCCAGACCAAACAGCAACUAGAGGUGGCGACUAUUAAGUCAGACGACCUCCUGAAAGCCCUUACCAGCAAGGCGACUGUGCUGGAGAAACUUAAAGCCAAAUUGGGCAUCGGAAGUACCACCCUCAGCGCCUUCGUUGCCCUUAUUGAUAGCGAGAUGGACGAGGAGGAUGCUGAUCUUCUACAGGUCGACGAAGAAGACGAGCUGGACGAGGAGUUUGAGAAGAUCAAGAUGGCGAAGAUGAAGAGUCGUAAGCUCAAAGUGCUAGAAGAGAUGGCCCGGGCGGAGCAGACUUUGGUGGAAGCCAAAGCCCAGCUGAAGAAAGCGGAGGACCACGUCCUAAAGUGGCAAGCCAAGGUAGACCGCUCUCUAUGCGAAAGACUCCGUGCUUUCCAGAGUCCCCCGCCUAUGGCAGGUAUCGUCAUGGUGAUGGUGAUGGUGCUGAUGGGAAGGCCCGAGUUUGCCGCUGGUAUCGGUGGCGCCGGAAGUACUUAUACUCCCGGGAGCAGAGAGAGAACUAGGGAACCUGUGGGGACGUCUAACUCUGACGAAACGUCACGGGCGAGCUCUGCUUCGAGGAGGCGAACAGGCCCAAUUAAAGGGUCCUCGUCAUCAACACAGAGCACCUUCUACGGAGUAAACUCCGAAGGAAAGGUUGACCGUGCCUCGUGGAAGUCCAUACAACAAAUCAUGAACGAUUCCCAACGCUUUGUCGAGACCUUGCAUCACCUUAACUGGAAAGAAGGAUUGAGCAGCGAGAUCCUUCGUGGUGUCCAGUCCUUCUUUGUCACAUCUAGCGAAGGGAACCUGGGUGUGACGGAUGACCUAGGAAGUGCCGCCGCAGGGGCAAGCGCGAGUAACUAUAUUGGAUCUCCUAGUGGACGCUCUACGGCGACCCCUUCAGAGUCUCGCAAAAUCCAAGGCAUUACCAUCGCGGCGGCUAAGUACUCUUCAGAAGACGCGGCCGUACUGGUGGAGUAUGCCAUCGCCCUUGUGGAGUAUACUCGCCUGUAUAACCCGUACCGUAAGGCCAUGAUGUACCUGGAUGAGCUACAGAGGGAGAAAGAGGAGAAUGAACAGAGGGAACUGAUGGAAGCUAACAUGGAGGCGGAGAAAACCGAGGAGCCUGAACCCGAGCCCGAGCCGGAGCUGACAGAAGCCGAUCUCCCCGGACUUGAGGCGGACGUGCUGAGACUGCAAGAGGAAUACGACGAGGCAGUCGUACACAAGCAUAACCUGGCGAACGAGGUCAAGUCGUGCAGUGAGCGGCUCAAAGCGGCUACAGACUUGCUUCACAGCCUCAAGCACAUGGAACGUGAGUGGAAGGCGUAUGUGGAGGAGUACUCAUCACCGGAAGUGCUGCUGGCGAACUGCAUUGCAGCGUCCGCAUUCCUGACGUACUGCGGACCCAUGGGAAUCGAUCGAAGGAAACGAAUGGGCAAGUACUUCAUGCAAGUAUGCCGGGAUAACGGACUUCCCAUUCAAACCAAGCACCUGUUCUCUCGUCUGACUCUAUCAGAGUUCCUUAAAGGAAAGAUAAAGUUGAAAAAGUGGGAGAACCUAAAUCUGCCGACAGACGCCCUUUCUCUUGACAACAUGUGUAUCGCCACCCGAGAAGAAUCCUCCGAUACCUGGCCCCUGCUGUGUGAUCCACAAAGGAUCGCAAUUACAUGGAUUAACACAAUGUUAGGACAGACAACCACUGUCAAAUAUAAGGAGCUCCGUGGUCACCUGGAGACGUGUCUGAUGGAGGGGACGACACUACUUAUCACGGACGUGGACGUCAACGACUUGUUGCACGACACCAGAUUUUCGCACGUCAUUCGCAGUCGCUACCGCUUUCUCACCUCUACAACGCCUUUUAAGCUCAUGGUUGGUGAACACGAAAUAGAAUGCCAGUCGGGUUUCAGGAUAGUCUUCGCCACCACGUCCCCAGCCGACACGGUCCCGUCAGGCCUUGCGGCAUAUGUAGGCGUGGUCGAGUUUUGUCAAUCACGUGAUGGAUUAGAAGAUAUGUUCCUUGACAGAUUCUUGCGUCUUGAAAAACCCCGGAUGCAAGACACUAGGACCCAGGUCGUCACGGAGAUAGUCACACACAUGGACGGCCUACACGAUGCGGAAGAGAACAUCCUUGAAUGCCUGGGCAGUGGUCAUCGCCUACUUUAUAAUCUCGCUGCCACAAAGAAACUUGCCUCUAUACGACGGCUUCACGAGGAGACUUCGGAAAGUCUGAUGCGGUCACGUGGAAUGGAAAACUCGCUGCUGCAGUCACGUGAGGGCUUUCGUCCAAUCGCUCGUCGCGCUGCCGUCAUGUUUGACGUAGCACGUAUAAUGGCUGAGAUCAACCCCUCGUACCAGACCUCUCUCGCCCAGUUCCUGAUCGUGUUUGACGCAGCUAUCACGCAUUCUGAAAGGACUGCAGUGAAGGCUGUGGUUGAACGCCUGGGCCAGAGCGCCUUCUACUCCACAGCAAGAUCGCUCUUCGAGCAAGACCGGCCUCUCUUCGCCAUUCUCACCGCACUAGAGGUCGAAGACUCUGCCAACCACUUGAGCGCAGGGGAUCGGGAAUUCAUUAUCCACCCGACUUACGGCGCCACGGUCAAAACAGCACUUAACCCAACACUAGUCAGUGAAUCCGCCUCGAAGAUUCAGGGAAAGAAGCCCUUUGACUGGAUGAUGGACGAACAGUUUUCCAAUCUGCAGUUGUUGGCCCAACACUUCGAAUGGUUCCAAGACCCAUUUGAUAAAAUGCCAAAAGAUGGCCGGGAAAUGCAAUGGCGACAGAUAACUGAGCACGAGAAACCCGAGAUGGUUGCCCUGCCAGAUAACCUGGACGACAAGUACACGCCUAUUCAGCGGUUCAUGGUGAUCCGCGCGUUACGCGGUGAUCGAGUCUUGCAGGCGGGGAUGUGCUUCGUUACUUCAGUCCUGGGAAAACGGUACACAUCUGAGCUGUCUCUGGACCUGCCCUACACGUAUCGUCAGAGUGAUUGCCGCACGCCAAUAGUACUGCUGUACACGCAAGAAGCCAACAUGGUGGAGAAACUGGUCACGGAGGGCGCGGAAAGGAAGCAGGUUGAGAUUCAAAUAGUGGCUCUCUGUAAUACAGGAAGUAACGAGGAGCGAAUGGCAAGGAAACUCAUACACAGGGCAAUGCAACAGGGAAGUUGGGUGCUUCUGCAUAACGCUCACAACUCGCCUCGUCUGUUGAGCGCUCUCGACUCUCUCAUGCACGACACAAAGACGGUGGACAGCGAGUUCAGACUCUGGGUCUCAAUCAUUCCGACCGGGAACAUCCCCUCCACGCUUCUCCAGUCAGCUGUAAAGGUCGUCGCCGACUCACCAAAGAGCACCAAAGACAGCCUGCAGCGCUCCAUGACGUGGGUGGAUAAUGAGCUGCUGAGGAUCAGUAAUCGGCCCGAGUGGCCCGCGCUGCUCCAUAACCUCUGCAUGCUGCACAGUAUCGUGCGGUUACGAACGAGAUUCAAGCUGGCGGGGUGGAACAGACCAGAGGACUUCAAAGGCAUAGGCACCGCUGAGCUAUGGCAAUCCCUCGAUCUGGCUGUCCGCGAGUUCCAGGAUACCGCUGACAUGAACGCGGGCGGUAGCUCCCGCAGUAUUCAAUGGAACGGUCUACGCUACAUGCUUUCUGAGGUGGUAUACGGCAGCUGCGUCAGUGACGAUUUUGAUCGACAGGGGCUCAGUGCGAUCAUUGAUUACUGGGUGAGCCCUGCUGCUGUCAAGAAAGAGUUCGAAGCUGCCAAGACCAAGUACAAGUUACCGUCAGCUCUGUUCACCAGCUCUGUGCGCAUGACAAAUGUACUGUCCGGUAUGGAGUCCGUGGCGGGGGACGUCUUGGAACUACCUGAAGCUUGCUGCUUGCAUACAUCACCUGAGACUCAUCUUCCCGACCACCAAUACGUGUUCACACGUCUGAACAUGCUGCUAGACCGCAUGGCGUCCACAGAUAGCCUGACGCACGCCGUCUCUGAUCCGUCCACACUAAUGCCUACGUCAGGAGUUAUCCUGCAAAGCUCAAGCGCACAGGCUAUUGGUGCGGGCGCGAUGUGCGUAGUGGAGGCCGGGGUGUUUGCUAGCGCGAGCAUGGUUGCUCUCAGAAGUCGCAAGGAGGUCGACCUGAAUGAGGUCUGCACAGCGAUGAUAUCUAAGCUGCCAAAAGUUUGGAAUAAGGAGAGCGUCUAUGAGCGGAUGAAGAAAGCCGGUGGCACGACGCCAUUCAAUCUGUUUGCGAUAGCUGAGGUGGAAAGCAUGUCACGCCUCCUUGUUGCGGUCAAGGAAUCUCUGGUGGCCAUCAAGGCUGCCACGGAUGACAGCGUGUAUGGUGACCAGCUCAGCGAGGAGAUGCUCGAUGCGGCCGAUGACCUCUACCAGCUGCGCAUCCCUAAGCUCUGGUGUACCUUGGGCGGGGACGCCUCCCCUCCCGCUACCUGGAGCCUGGCAGCUUGGUUCACAGACCUCGGUAGUCGAUUCUCCCACAUCGACAGGAUUGUUGUGCAGGGGCGUGACCGUGUACCUGCGUACUGGCUUGGUGCGUUUUUCAAUCCUCGUCGUCUGCUGUCCAUCGUCAAACAAGAGGCCGUCCGAAACGCCGAGUCCAAAGCGUCCGGUACUGAGCCAUUCGUCUUUCUAACCGAGAUCACCGGACGGGACAAAGAUCAUCUUCGUGAGCCCCCUCUGGAUGGCAUGUUUGUGUAUGGAAUUUACCUUUGGGGCUGUGCCUGGGAGAAGACCACGGGAGACCUCCUCGACGCACCUCCCAAAUAUGGUCCCACCCCCCUGCCUGUGGUCCAUAUCACCGUGGUGCCCCAGACGGAAAAGGCGUCCCUAAAUGACCCGUUGCGCGCUGCUGUGUCGUAUUCAUGUCCCUGUUACGCCUCAAGGAUCUGCACCCGCGAUCCUGUUAUGCUGCUGGAUAUUGACAACAAGGAUAUUUCCGGGACAAGAUGGCCCCUUCGUGGUCUUUCAAGUACACUUAGGCCCUUUUAGGGACACGUUUGCGAUAGUGUCCGUCGAGAUUCUGAUAUAUGCUUUCAUAUAGGCACUUUUUGGGACUAUUUUGUUGGUGCAAACAUUAGGCCCUAGUUAGGCUAAUUCAUAGGCUCAUAUUUUGAGCGCGUUUAAAAAACGUCUUUCGAUCACUUUUCUUCCCACAUGAAUGCGUAAAAAUUGUAUGUACAAACUGUGGUCGUACUUUUGAAGAGGUCACUAAUUAAUGGCUAUGUAUAUACAACUUUGUAUUGAAUUGAGAUCUUGUUGAAAGCGUGAGUUCCUGGAGUUUUGUUGGAAUUUUGUAAUAUUGCAGAAAAAUAUUUUUUGAAAUUCUAGACUCUUUCUUACGGUUGUGUGUUGUUCGUGUACAUCCUUAAAUAUACGCUGUAUGUACGUGUUGCCAAUGAAAGUUAAAAAAUAAAUUAUUCCAUUUUAAUAAA